AUGUUCCAAGGACAAUUUGGUUAUGGCAAUGCUGGGCCCCAGUUCAAUCAGCAGCCAGGGGGCCAGCCAAACCAGCAACAGCAGCAGCAGCAGCCACAAAUGAUGUUUAAUCCACAACAAUUUGCUGGUAUGGCUCCUCAGGGGGGAUUUAAUCCCGCUGCGAACCCUCAAAUGAUGGCUGCUGCCUCGCAAGGCAUGAUGCAGAAUCCUGGCAUGCCCAACAUGGUCGCUAAUGGACAAAUGGCCGGCUAUCAGCCGCAAUUCGCGCAGCCGUACGGACAAGUACAGCAAAAUUUCGCGCCAAAUCAAUACAUGAUGGGCGGCAUGCAAGGCUUUCCCAUGAACCAACAAGGAAUGACGCAACAGCAAGCCCAACAGCUGAUGCAGCAGCGCAUACAGCAGCAACAACACCUUCAGCAGCAACAGGCACAGCAUCAACAGGCACAACACCAGCAGCACGCACAGCAGCACGCACAGCAGCAACAGCAUCCGCACCCGCAUCACCAGCAACACCAACAGCUUCAGAAUCCCCAGGCUCAGCAGCAUGCUCAACAUCAACAGCUCCAGCAGCACCAAAACCAGCAAGUGCAGCAACAGCACCCCCAACCGGGCAUGGGCCAAGUUGGGACUCCACAAAGACCACCAAGUGUUGCGCAAAAUAGUCCUGCUGGGCAGAUGCUGGGGCAGAUCCCCGGGCAGCCACAAUUCUCCCCUCAUCAACUGCCCCAGGGAACUCCACAGCAAGGCGCUCAGAUGCACCAACAUGCUCAGCAGCAUCCACAGCAAGUGCAACAGCCUGUGACUAUCGCGACUCCCCAGACACCAACGUUCCCCAACAGCCAAGGACCCAACGCAGGUGCACCAUUCAACGCGCCUCCACUGAGUCCGGCUUCCGAAUCGCGUGAAAAAGAGCGGUUCGCAUUGCUGCUGGACAUCAACCACGAGUUGCUAUAUGAAGUCAUUCUGCUGCAACAUACGCAAACGGAGCUCAAGAAGGAAUCAUCAGCGGCCAAUGGAAAUGCAGGGGAAAGAAAGCCAACAGAAGAGGAAUCCCUAUUCCAACAAGAUUAUGUACAUUGUAUGCGCCGUUUGCAAGCGAACCUUUCAUACAUGGCUGCGCAGGCCGAUCGUAAAGCCGAAACGAAAGCACCGCCUUUUCCCAGCUUCAUGACGGCACCGCCCCUGAACCUGUCGCUCAGACCUCGAGCGCAACCAAUGGUCCCCGAAGGAUCUGAUGCCAAGAUGGACCCUGCGACGGACCGCGAAGAAAGAGACAGAGCCAUCAAAGACUUGUACCGCCGUCUGCAAGCAGCGUAUCCGGGUGUCGACUUCAAGAAGGAGUCUGCCGCGCGCAUACCUCAAGGCCAUAAGCCUGGCAACCCUGCCGGUUUCCAAGGCAGCCCAAUCCCGCAAAAGACACCUCAGAUACCGAAUGUAGCACCGCCUCAGGUGAGCUAA